AAUUCAUGUCGCGUCGGAAGUUACAUUGUUGCAGUAUGCCACGUCCAUUGCAUGAAUGCUUCAGGUACUAGGUCAGCAUGGUCCCUGCACUGCUGCGUGUUUACUGAAAAAGAGUUUCCCAAGGUCAUGCCUGCUUGAGCGGCUGGAAUUAGUUGAGGAGGAGUAUUCACCUUUGUGGUUCUGCUCGCUUGUUUGAUUUUACAAGUGUAUGAUGGAGCAGAGGCGGUCAGUGGUUGCCAUACUCACGUCACUGCUCGUGGUCCACCCAUCUAUACGUACCUACACGAGAAGCUAGAGAAGAGAGCCAAUUCUGUAGCAGAAUCCCACUCCAGGCAGUUCUCUGAGUUGUUCCCGUGCGAUAAGUUUUAGGGAAGUCCAAACAGCUGGCCAGAGAUGUCUUACUUGCUGAGUGAACGGUGAAGCAAACGAGUUUCCUGACAAGUGGCAGGGAGUUGGAAGUGAGAAGUGCUUGUUGUGUACCCGCAGUGUCUAGCCUGACGUUCUGUUGCAACAGCCGAUGCACAGCUAAUUAUCCUGCAGCCUGACAUUACUGUACUGUCUGUAGUAUUAUUUUCGUUAGCGAGAGUCUGGUAAAGCCCCUGCUUUCUUACUGGUAUUGGAGCGUUAGCAGAAAUGAAACUCCCUUUCGGUCGGUCGGAUGGUGGUCACAGUCGCGAAUCAAGCGAUGAGGCCGAGUUGUACCCGAUUCGUGAGGAUAUCGCCGAUUGGCUGUGGACAACGCUGAGUCCUGUUAUCCCUGACAUGGCCCCGAUCACAGCUGAAUCGUUCACGUCUGACCUAGCCAGUGGAGAGAUCCUGUGUCACCUGUGUAGGUACAUUCAGCAGGCGUUUAGUGAGCAGUCAGAUAGCACACAACGUACAGACUGCAAGGGCAGUGGUGGUAAUGGUGGUGGCCAUGGUGGUGGUCAGUGUGCACCAGCUUGGUCGGUGCCCACGUCGUCGGAAGUCAAAGUGCGCAAGGUGGCCAAGGAUUCGCGCUUUGGCCAAGCGUUUGCACGCGACAACGCCUGCGCGUUCAUCUCGUUUGCCCGCGCGAUGGGACUGUCCGACGCCAUUCUCUUCACGGCAAACGGGCUGGUCGAGAAGCAGUCGCCGCGAACAGUCCUGCUGUCCGUUCUCGAAGUGAUUCGCCGCUCUUCCAAGCUGGGUGUGUUUCAGUAUGUGCCUCAGAUCAUUGAGUUUGAACAAGAGAUCGAUGCCGAGGAAGCGGAAGACGCUGGCAGCUCAAUGCCGGUAGUCGGGGUCAGCCUGGAGUCCAUAACGUGCCCGAUGCCUGCAGAAUCACAUCUAUCUAGAAGUGGCGGCGGUGGUGAUGGUGGUGGCGGUGGCGAGUGCGCACAGAAGUCAGCCUCCUCGGCGUCACCUGCAGGGCCACCGGCGCCGGCUAAAGUUCUCUCGCUGGAUGCCCUGAUCAAACAGAUUGUAGGUCAGUGCAAGUGUGGUGUGCCGUACCAGGUGAUCAAGAUCGGAGAGGGCAAGUACCUGUUUGGUCCACAGCAGACCAAGCUGUUCUGCCGGGUGCUGAGGAAUCAUGUCAUGAUCCGAGUGGGUGGUGGGUGGUGCCAGCUGCCUACGUACUUGGAAAAGUAUGACCCGUGCCGGGCACCAGAACACGCCACCACGGGCAAAACUCGGCACGUUGGCACCUCCAGCAACGCUACACCACCUGUAGAAGCAAAUGCGGAUGGAUCAGUGGACCGAGCUGAACCGUCAGCCCACGGUACAUUGUCUGACGUGUCUGACGUGUCUCAGAUGAAGCGCCUGCGCAUGAGAAUCUCCAUGUUGACCAGGAAGGCCUCUCUCCAGUCGUCGCGCGACGAGCCAGAGCCGGGAGAGCAGUUGAAGAAGUCGGCCUCGACUGAUCUGGAUUCACGUCUUGUUCUCCAAUCGCCUGCUGAAAAAGCUCGCAGCUGUGGAACUGCCAGUUGUACAUCAGCAGGCACUGGUGAUGCUGCUGCCUCUGCAUCUCACGUCCGUGGUGAUGAGGUUGCGCAAAGAAGUGGUCGCCUUAGGUCGAGCACCAUUUCCGUUGCGUCUGGUCACGCUGCGAGAAGGAGAGGUGUGCAUAGAAACGGGCCAACGAGCAUCGAAAGCUUACCAGCGGCGCAAGCAUUCGGUCUCGGUAAGCCGAAUGCGUCUGCUAGUGUCGAAUGCAAAGGGGUUUUAUCAUCGUCUGUGCCCUCUUCUGCUGAUGGACUGUCCCGUAAUGUGACAUCCUCUGAUGCAGACACACACUGCAUGGCAAGUGCCAAGAAAGGCAGAACCUUAUGCUUUGCUGACAGGGGUAGCAAGCCACCAGUUUGCCUUCCUGUUGCAUCUUCAGGUACAACAUCCGGCGGUGACUCACCUGAAGUGCGCGUGGACACGGUUGGAAGACGUCCACGCAGCACUUCUUUCUCCGGUAGACAAAGUUCAACGACAACAGCAGCUAGGAAAGUUGUGUUGAUGAAUUUGACUGCCUCCGACGCACAGCAAGGUUCCACGAAAGCACCUCAAAACAGCGAUAGCUCGAAGCGAACGACACUUUCUACCUUGCAUCCAGGCCCAACAAAGACUGCCACUCCCAGUGCUUCUAAAGCAGUUAAAACCAACCAAUCAGCCGCAUCUUCAGGUACAACAUCCAGUAGUGACUCACCCGAAGUACGCGUAGACACGGUGGAGAGACGUCCACGCAGCAGUUCCUACUCCGGCAGGCAGAGUGGAGCUACAGUCGCGGCUAGGAAAAAGGUGUUGAUGAAUUUGGCUGCAUCCAAGGCACGGGACAGUUCUGCGAAAGCACCUCAAAACAGCGAUAGCUCGCAGCGAACCGCACUUUCUGCCUCGCACCUAGGCCCAGCAAGGGCCACGCCUGCUGCUUCUAAAGAAGUUAAGACGAAUCAGUCAGCUGCAUCUUCAGGGACAUCAUCCGGCAGGGACUUACCUGAAGGACGGGCGGACACUGUUGGAAGACGUCCACGCAGCACUUCCUUCUCCGGUAGACAAAGUUCAACUACAGUCGCAGCUAGAAAAACGAUGUUGACGAAUUUGGCUGCCUCGAACGCACCUCAGAAUAGCGAUAGCACGCAGCGAACCGCACUUUCUACCUUGCACCCAGGCCCGACAAGGACUACCCCUACUCCCUCUAAAGCAGUUAAGAUGAAUCAAUCAGCUACAUCUUCAAGUACAAUAUCCGACAGGGACUCACCUGAAGCGCGCGUGGACACGGUUGGAAGACGGCCACGCAGCACUUCUUUCUCCGGUAGACAAAGUUCAACGACAACAGCAGCUAGGAAAGUGGUGUUGAUGAAUUUGACUGCCUCCGACGCACAGCAAGGUUCCACGAAAGCACCUCAAAACAGCGAUAGCUCGCAGCGAACCACACUCUCUACCUCGCACCCAGGCCUAACAAGGACUACCACACCUAGUGCCCCUCAAGCAGGUAAGGCCAAUCAGUCAGCUGUUGCAACAAGACGAUCUCAGUCGUUUAAGUCCGCUAGCAAUCGCUCCAGCAGUGUGAAGAGGAGCACGCCUAGUCCACAGUCAAAAGCAACCAUCAAUAGCAGCAGCAGCAGCAGCAGCAGCAAUAGUAACAGUAGCAACAAUAGCAGCAGUGCACGGGCCGAGAGUAGGAAAAGCGGCACCGGUGUACAGUUCUCGAAAGCUGCCAGCUGCGCCACAUCGGCGGUCACUGAGAGCACGCCAUCCAGCGCGAACUCUACUCCUGCUCGCCAAUCUAGUACAGCCGGCACAGGUCACUCUAAGCUCAAUAGCAGUUCUGUCUCGCUGCGUCGCAGUGUAUCCACGAAACGGCCAGGUGGUGCCCGGAUUGGCCAAGGGAAAGUAGCUGAAGGAGACAGGGAUACCUGUCAGACCUCACCAUCCGUUUCUAAGGGCAUCUCGCCAAGCUCCAAGUCUCAUGUCAAUAAGCUGCAGUCGAAUUCCGGUGCAAGCUCUCCUGCAUCGUCCCCUCGACCGAGCAAAAAGCCAGUUCCUCCCGCCGAUGUUACAAACUCCAAUCGUCAGGCACUUCCCGAUAGUAGCAAGGGUGGGGUGUCAGACUUUGGAUGCACGGAUGGGUCAGAUCUGGAAAGUUGCAAUGCUGCCGCUACUUCUGCGAGAGUAGCUACAGAAGACCUUGGUGGUAGCGCAAGGCAAGCCUUGUUCCGCGCAUCAUCGACAAAGGCAAUCAGGUUCUCAGCGGAUUUAGAGGAUUUAGAGAAGCAGCAGCAGCCAGAGGCUGAGCAGCAGUCUAGUCCUAACGGUCGGCGGCGGCACAGCAGUAUCAAUGAAGAGAAUCCUGACGGCAAUGUCUGUGAGAAAUCCGGUGUGCUCGAUGCUGCCGCCCUGUCGGAUACAAGUUGCAGUACACCAUCCAGGGACAAAUCUCCCAGCAAGUCAGCAGCCGCAUCUGUACAUGUUUCUAGACAGCAGUCCACGGAGACGCUCACAUCCACUACUGCUAAGCACCCCGUAGGCACGCAGGACAAGACAGAUGCCAAGCCUAAGGCUCGGCGGACUACGGCAUUCUCUGUACAAAGUGAUCAGCCUGCCACACCGAAGAUUGCCGAAUCCAAGCAGAAACCUCCAGGCAUUUGCAGUAGUUCUCCAACAUCACCAUCGUCCGCUGCUGUUAGACGUUCGGCAUCCUGCCGGAAAUCUCUCCCUAGUGGUACCAGCAGCCCCAGGCCCCCGUGGAAUAGUUCCAAGCAACCCAAGGACGGUGCGCGGGCACACACUGCAGUAUCACGUCAGUCUUCACGUGACCAGUUACAGAAGCCAUCAGCCGACUCCUCGGCGCCGCAUCAAAAGUCGCCGUCGCCAGAGCCCGUCGCCUCUCACUCCAGGAAGUCUGCCGGCGGGGCCACGUGCCACCAACAACAGUCUCUGACAGUGGCGGGUGGUCCGUCGCGCUUAGCCACGUUGAAGAAGAGCCGAACGUUCAGCAGUCGUCAGGGCACCGGCAGCAUAACUGCCGCUCGUGAUCGCAUGCUCUCCAAGGUGUGGAAGUGAGAUGGCGGCCAUUCUUCUCAUGCAGUGUGAUGUGUAUACACGGAAAUUUCUCUGAACUCUUCCUUUUUUUCUCUUUUUCUAUCUUUUAAUCCUGCUUAGUGUCUGAAGUGUGAUGCAUUCUGUUAGUGUAUAUAUAU